GAGGACGCAGCUCCUAUAUAUCAGGGUAGGACUUGACCUUUAACUGAUUCUCGCACAUCAGUUCGCUUCUUCAAUUUCAUCCAAAUUAAAAUAUAUAACCAAGAAGAGUCAAAUGGCGUUGAAGCCCGCAAAGUUCUCAAGGUGCCACCUUUUGGAUGAAUUCAGAGGCAGAUUUAAUUUCCAGAGGAAGAAGAAGAAUAAUACCACUCGUGAAUCAAUGGCACCCUCUGUCUCCGUGAGAUUGCAAGGUGUUGAUGAGGAAAUGCAGAAGCUUUUGGAUUCAAACAUGGACGAAGCUCCAGCUAGAAGGCGUGCGAGGGAGGCUUUUAAGGACAUUCAGCUUGGAAUUGAUCAUAUUUUGUUCAAGACACCUACUGAUGGAUUGAAAAUGAAGGAGUCUUAUGAGGUGAACUCUAGGGGAGUGGAAAUUUUCUCCAAGAGUUGGCUUCCAGAGACAUCUUCCCCAAAAGCAAUAGUGUGUUAUUGUCACGGUUAUGGUGACACAUGCACAUUUUUCUUUGAAGGACUUGCAAGGAAGUUGGCAUUAAAGGGAUAUGGGGUUUUCGCAAUGGAUUAUCCAGGAUUUGGUCUUUCAGAAGGUCUUCAUUGUUACGUUCCAAGCUUUGACCUGCUUGUAGAUGAUUGCAUUGAGCAUUACACAAAACUCAAAGAGAACCCGCAGUUUAAUGCUCUUCCAAGCUUCCUCUUUGGUCAAUCAAUGGGUGGAGCUGUAGCUCUUAAGAUGCAUCUAAAGCAACCGAACGUAUGGAGUGGUGCAGUUCUUGUUGCACCUAUGUGCAAAAUUGCAGAUGACAUGUAUCCACCAGUGCUGGUAACUCAAAUUCUAAUUGGUUUGGCUAAAGUUCUUCCAAAGAUGAAAUUAGUUCCACAGAAGGAUUUGGCUGAGGUUGCAUUUAGAGACUUGAAGAAGAGAAAAUUGACAGCGUACAAUGUCAUUGCUUACAAAGAUAAACCACGGUUACGGACUGCUUUAGAAAUGCUUAACACCACACAAGAGAUAGAACAUCGAUUGGGAGAAGUUUCCCUGCCUUUAUUAAUUUUGCACGGCGAGGCUGACACUGUUACUGACCCAUCUGUUAGCAAGGCCUUGCAUGAGAAAGCUAGCAGUUCAGACAAGAAGCUUAACCUCUACAAGGAUGCUUAUCAUUCACUUCUUGAGGGUGAGCCAGAUGAAAUGAUAGAUAGAGUUUUCAAUGACAUCAUUUUGUGGCUUAAUGAGCAUACCACCUAAAGCACGGAGUAAUUGACUUCUCUCUCUCUCUCUCUCCAAAUCCAUGUGCUGAAUGCAACUGAAAAAAAAAAUAAUACUUUAAUGUUUACAAUUGCAUAUACAAUCCAAUAUGUAUGUGACUAUGGAAGUAGUAUUUUUCACAUUUUAUUUGUUUAUGUAUAGACAUUUUUUAACCAUAAAAAAAGCUGAAGCUGAUUGUUGAAUUUCAGCUUUGCUCUGGAUGUACUAGUUAGUUAACAAAGCGAUCUAGUUGGAGUUUAGCUUUUUCUUUCCUCUGCUUGUUGUACAAACAAUCACUUAUCCUUCAUUAUAGAUGGGUUCGUAUUUAAUUA